UUUCCAACAUGGCGGCCAACAACACGAUCACAGACGAUGAUCUUAGGGCUCAAUUACUAGAGCUGGGAGAAACUGUUGGACCUGUUACUGCUACUACACGACCUCUGCUCCUUCGUAAACUGAAAAAGCUUCAAACCGAAGGGACCGCUCGAACUAAAAGUGGUAAAAAGGACUCUAGACGAAAGAGCACUCYGGCUUCUCCGAGAACCAGACGAAGUCCUUCGAGAAAACUGAUCGGGUUUUCAAGUGAUGAAGAAACCGAAGAUACCAGCUUCAAAACAAAGAGAAGACAGUCAGGGAGUAGGAGAAGCGUAAAACAAGAAGAUGAGUCCUUGCAGGAUAACGUGGAUGGAGAUAGUGAAGCGUUAGGAAGAGUGCAAAGGGGCGACAGAGAACGCGAGAAUCCCACCAUUCAAAGUUUCAGCUCACUYAACGAAUCCAAUAUUACUGAUGAUUUAUCCGACUCCGAGAGAAGUGCAUACGCUGGCCCUUUUCAAARAGGAACCUUUCGAUUUCGUUCUUUCCGGAGAAAAAGAGACAGUCCUGAGAGCUCCAAGAGCAGAGUUCAAAAGGAAAACGUUCCUGAUCCAGAUGAGAAAUCUUUUGACCAUGACACGGGUCAAGAUAGCACAGAUGGACGCUACAAAUAUAAUGAGCAGAAACUGUCCAGACCUUCUUUUGUAAAUUCUUUAAUUCUGAUUAUAGUUGUACUUUGUAUAGCUUUACUUCUGGCCUAUUACUUGGAAUACUUUCCACCCAACUCAAAAUGGAUUACAUCAACGACGCAAGAUUCUCUUCCUUUUUGUGAAAACGGCUUUUCGAAUAAAAGCUGCAUAACUGAAAGCCAAGCCAGCAAUAUCUAUGCUCUGUAUCUUUUUCRUAAUUUGUCUAAAAAAGCAGGCCGUUUUGCAUGUGACGAGCAAGAGGCAGAUGAAGCAAGAAAUAUUUCUGUACAAGAAUUAAAAGCAAAAAUAACUGAAGACCAUCCAAACUGGUCAGAUGCUGCUGUAAAAAAUGCUCAUGAAUUAACUUUAGAAUUUCUAGUUAAGAGUUUUGAUGAUUAYGGUAUUAGGACAUAUGAUAAAGAAAAUAAGGAAACAAAUGAAACUAGUCAAAUCAAAUGGUUGGAUUCUGCCAAGCCCAACAAAUCUCUUCUAUGCCGAAUAAAACAGUCAAUAAAUAAGAUACUGACUGCUCUAGUCAUUGUUUUAUGUGUUGUGGCAGUGGUUGUUGGUUUUUACUUCAUGGUUCGCAGGCGUUGGCGGAAAGAAGAAGAAGAUACUCAUAAGAUGUACAAAUUUGUGGAAAAUAUAAUAGAUAUUUUACGCAAGCAUCACGAGGCAUGCAAGACAGACAAGGAACUUCCUCCUUAUCUUCCUAUUCCACAUGUUAGAGAUAUGCUGAUCAAACCUCCCGAGAGACAAGCACUGUCAAAUGUUUGGAACCGUGCCGUGAGAUUCCUGAGUGCUAAUGAGUCUCGUAUACGUGUUGAAAGCCAGAGAAUUGCUGGUGAAGACUUUGAAGUCUGGAGGUGGAUUCACGUAACAUCUCCUAAACACCAUGGUCACAAGAUGGCUAUACCUGAAUCAAAGAAACCUAAGUGUUGGCAAGGACAAGCAUUUGAGAAUUUCCAGUGGGCUGUUAAUCCACCAAUAAUAAGCCCCACCCCCUGCCUGAAGAUAAGGAACAUGUUUGAUCCUGAUGUUGAGAUGGAGGAGCAUUGGCAUGUGUUCAUUCAGGAUGCCAUAUUAGAAAAGUGUAUUGAUGCAGGUGCUAACAUAGUGCAUAUUGCUGUCGACAAGAGUUCUAGUGAGGGCUGUGUUUAUGUGAAAUGUGACUCACACCACUCUGCUGGUGUUGCUUUUAAGAGCCUUCAUGGUUCCUGGUUUGAUGGUCGACUUGUUGCUGUAAAAUACCUCACCCUGAGAAGGUACCACCAAAGGUUCCCUAGGGCUCUUACAGCAACAGGGGCCCUGAAACCUUCUGGCACAAGCCCCUCAUCAUUAGUGACCCUGGACCCUGAGGAUAACAUGGAGAUCAAUGACUCGGAUACAGAGGUCUGAAAGCAGUGUGAUGUUAUAGGUAUUUGAGUUGCUGAUUUUUCUCUUCAAAAUUCAAAAACGUGUAUUAUCAUGUUUUUAGAAAAUAAUCAUUUGAAGUUCGACAUUUCUAUCAAAAAAUAUUCAGCCACUGAGUUCAUAGAUUAUGUUUUCCUUGGUUGCUGUUGGCAAUAUCAUAAGUAUCCUGAAGUUAGCAACGAUUGAGUUAUCCAGGGUUGAAUUCCAGCAAGCAUUGAACCAUAAUUGCCUUUGUUUCUUUUUUCUAACUGAUUUUGAAGAUUUAGGAAAAUGAAGCCAAURCUGUUUUGAAUCGCAGUUUACAUAACCAGCUGAAUUGACCUCGUUCCUAGAAAGGAAUUAUGUUAGGUUUUGCUCCAUGACGUGCURGCAGUUAUGAUAUAGUUUCCUAAGCAGGGGCUAUUAGUGUGGUCACGCAACGCUCACUCGUGACGACACUAAUAGGGGCUGCGUAGAAGACUAGUUAUGUUAUAGAUGGCAGAACAAUAAAAUCACUUUGCACUUGGAAAUUGAAUUCUUGUUGAAUUCAUGUAAAACAAUUGUAUCGUUCCUGCAAUCUAACUUGGCUGCCGUCACGUGAUGGUGCAAAACCUCUAUAAAAUGUCUAUACAUUUCAGUCCGUGCUUAAAAAGUUUUUCAWCUUAAAUACCAGUAAAUAAUCACGAAGCCUAUUAGAGCUUACUUAUAUCAAAACAUUCAAAGUAAGUUUCUUAUUUGUAAAAAAAUAAUGAUACUUUAGUGUAUAAAAGUUUGUAGAUCGACUAAAACAGAUCUAAUAAAUAAUACUUACAUGUAUCCAUUUGUCUCACGAUCGAGGGUCAUCAGUUAUGAAAAGGAGCUAGUCUUCAUCAGGUGAUGGUGAAGACAGGACCAGUGUGUCUGUUAUAUACCGUUAGUCAGAACAUCAGUGUUGUGAUUGAUGAUUUGACAAGCUGUGAUGAAGACUAGCAGCUUUGCAGUCAAAAGAUCACGGUCCUUUCUACAAAGGACCCUAAAUCGUGAGACAAAUGGAUAAGUAUCAUUUAUUACGUUUCCAGAAUAAAUAAUAUUGUUCAUUCUAUAGAGCAGAUCUAUCGUAAGUGGGGAAGCAUAGACCUUUUCUGAGUUCGAUAAACAUCRUGCAUUGUGGUCUAUCUUGGGUACAAAUAUAUUUUGUUCAUCAUGCUUUAUAUGGUGUUGUUUGURCCSAARCUAGACCACAAUGCAUCAUGUUUAUCGAACUCAGAAAAGGCCUAUGGCGGAGUGCUGUGUGCCAAUAAAAAAUACAUGUAAAUACAURCACAUUGUUUAGUAAACUAGGCAUCACAAGCCUCCCCCUCUGUAUCGAAUAUGUUCUGCUGUAAGUGUCCUGUUGCUCUGUCUAGUCAUCAUCGUCAUCUUCAUACCACUAUUAUCAUCAUCAUCUCAAUCCAAGACGAUGGUCAUUCAAAAGGUCUACCCAAACAUAAGAAUUCUUUAAAUUGAGAUUAGAUUAGUUGACAUUAUACUUUUUCUCAGUUAGUUUAUGURUUUUUUAUUUUUGGCUUAUAAAAUGUGUAACUGCAUUACGUUCUUUACCGAUUAACACCCUAAUUAAGAUACUUUUAUUCUAAAUUAAAACUCAAGUUAUGAAGGAUUUUUCAUGCAACUUGCGUCGCCAAAGAAAGAUACAAGAAAAGGAAGCUAAAAGAAUGUCUCUUGUGCUACGAAUUUUUGAAAUUUAUAGUUUGAAAACAGAUUUUUGGUUUCUACUUUUUCAACAAAUGUAUCUAAAUUGCACUAUGAAAUAAGGUGUAACGUCAAGAGAAAAAUAAUGGGCAGUUCAUUUUCUCUUGGUAACAUGCACACGUGCAUAGGUUUGUCGCGAGGAAAGUUGCACGAAAGAGCACUACACAUUAAUUUAAGUGAUCCUUGGAUCUUAAUGCUUUUUAAUUUUUGUUAUUAUUUUGUUUGCCAUUGUUGCAAGUGUAACUAAGACUUAUUGAUCGUAUUGUCAAAUUAUUUUACCGAUCUUUUUUAAUAUUAACCCAUUGUAAAAAGUUGCUUUGCCAUUUGUUGUUAUUGAGUCUGUAAUGUCAACUCUAUGGAGUAUACACUGCAUAUCCGAGGAAAACUUUGUAAGAAAUUGCACAAAUUAGUAAGUUCAGUAGACCUUAGACCUACAAAAUUUUGCACUAAUUUGUACAAUUUUGUUAGUAACUUUUUCACGGUUUUAUAGUAUGCACUCUUUCCGUGAAACAACUAUAGAACUAGCACUAGUUAGUACUAUGUAGCAACGAUGAAACGAUAGAGUGUUCUAUUUUGUACUAGAUACUGUUAGUGCAAAAUAUAUCCAGUACUUUUUCAUAGA